AAAAUGAAUGGACAAACGAAAAUGUAUCAAGGCCGUCUUCGCUUAAGGCCAUGGCUGGAGGAACAGAUACGAUCUGACAAGUAUCCAGGACUGGAGUGGGUAGAUGAGAAGUCAGGAAUGUUCCAGAUUCCAUGGAAGCAUGCAGCACGUCAGGGCUGGAACAUUGAGAAGGAUGCAAGCCUUUUCAGAAACUGGGCAAUGCACACAGGGAAAUACAAACCAGGCAUCGACAAUCCAGAUCCCAAGACAUGGAAAGCCAACUUUCGAUGUGCUCUGAAUUCACUGCCAGAUGUGAAGGAACUUCACAACAAGAGUAUCAAGAAAGGGAACAAUGCCUUUAGAGUUUACCUACUGCUGCCAUCCUUUAAAAUCCCCAAGAAAAGAAAGGUUGUGAAAGAAGAGAUGUCGGGUGACAUGCAAACAGCACAAGACUGCUCAUAUUAUCCAUCAGACAUUCCCAGGACAGACAGCUGCCAGGUUCUGGAGGAAUUUAAUGUGGCCUUCUCUAAAUAUAUGGAUGCUUCAAACAUGCAAAGCAGAUACAAUCUUGCUGCCUGCCACAGCAUAAACAGCUACUGCCCAAUCCAAACAGUGAAAACCCAAUCCCCAGCCAACCAGAACCUUUCUUACAGCUUCACAGACAAAGCCAAUAAUGUCAGUUCCUCCAUUCAAGACGAGCAUUCAGAUGCUGUACAGCAGAUAGUUGACCACCUGACAAAUACGGAUCAAUGGAACGAUUCAUAUGGCAACAGUAAAAAUCCCAGGUCCUUCGUCACUUCACCAUGGUUAAGUUUUUUCAAUGAAGGGAUCGUACAGCCAGGACACUCAACACAAGCUGACUUCUCUAUGUGGAAUGAAGGACAGAAGCAUUUAUUUCCUGAUCAUUUAUGCUCACAUUCAACCAUGAUCUCCAGCAAGUGACACAAGACAAGGGACUGAAUACGUUUGUACGGCAGAUAAUAAUGUAAUGUGGACAGCGAAUUGUUAAGCCUGUGGAAUCAGGAAAGUAACUUCAUACUGAAAAAUGGACUACCCUCCAACAAGAAUUGGGAAUUGCUUGCAUGAACCUGGCCAAACACAGGUCAGAAAUAUCCAAACCGUAUCACCAGCAUGAAGCCAGAUCCCACUGCAGACACAGUCACCUCCAACAACUUUUAACAAUACCUGGGUUCAUCCCUGCAUCUUCUCACUGAUCCAGAGUCGAUGUUCCUUGUCCCACUAAUGAGUGGCUUGUGUGCAGCUCCUUGGUAACCAAGUUAAUGAAUGGAUUUUCAUAAAGACAGCUUCUUGAAACGUGUUCGUCAGUGAUGCAGCCUUGGUUCUCAUUUUGUUCCUCUUCAGUAUCCUCUAGCCUCUUCGGGUUAUUUUUGCAGCAAACAGUAGUGCCUGUUGUCUUCCGUGAGGCCACAACAAAUUAUUGACUUUGGGAUUCCGGUUAGCUCAGCAACCUCACGUAGAGACUAAUGCAGGACCCAAUGGUCAUUCCACACUAUAAGUCUGCUUUGGUUUGCUCUGGGAGACAGUUCUAGGCUUCAGAAUCCAAUUGUGAAGGCUUCAUCAUAAUUAAAUAACCACUUAUUAAUGUUAACAUAUGUUUUUAACAAAUGUAAAAACUGUGUGACAAGGGUCAGGGUACCUCCAUACACCACCAGAUUCUUGUAAGUACACUGACAUGCAUACACCAACUUCCUCUAAAGACUCACCUGGGGAUAGUAAUCACUUGAUGCAGGUCUACAGCUCCUUUCUGUAGCAUUGUGCCUGAAACUUGGCAGGUUAACCUAAAGAAAUAAAGUAGGGACAUCCAUUGAUCUUUUUAAAGUGUUCUGCACAACUGAAAACUCACUGUAUAUUUGCAUACAUAAAAAAACAGUGUUAGAUUUUUAGAAGGUUAAAAUGUUUAUACUCUGUGGCAUAGCAGUCUCUAAUCAGUCUGAUCUACUUUUUAAUAAUAGUACAGCAAUUUUCAGAAUAAAUGGCUUUAAGAUAUAACAUACACUGACCAUAUCCAAACUUUAGACACGUCACACUUGAUUCAUUUUGCAAUUCAACUGAAAACUGGAUUCGUGACAGAUUUGUGAAUACUGAACUGUGGAUUUGUCAGUCACCAAAUCACAGUAGCCCAUUGCUUCUCUCUGAAAGGGGUUUUAAGUGGUAUAAACAACUCAAAAUGCCGCUGUAAGAAUGGAAUGAAAUAUUGAAUCUUUUGAUGUCCAAUGUAACCAAAUGGUGCAGGGAAACAAAGCACGGAAAUGCAUCUGUAUCUGACUUCUCUCAGCAUUAUAUGUACUUGGCCUUCAAUUAUAUCACAAAACCUUAAAUAAAUCUGCAUAUCUUAAACUGCAGAUGGGGUUAUCUGUUUUAUAACAAUUACAUACAGACAUGCAGUCUAAUGUUAGCUUGUAUUGCAAAACAAGCUACACAACUUAACUUCAAAUUCACAAACACUUGUAUGGAAUGUCCUUCUGAUUUUUUUAUUUUUUUAUUUUUUUACUGAUAACAUGAUCUAAAAUAAAUCAGUGAAAACAUCAUGGAAGGUAAUGUUUGCCCUAGAAGGAUCUGGUUAUGUGUCCUCAGGCAUCAGGAUGCUUCUGGAGAAUAGCAGUGCCUGCUGCAGAGUCCGAGUCAUGAAUACAGGGUUUGUUUGAAUAUGACAGAUUUUCGCCACAGAAAGUAGUUAUACCUGUGGAUUGCACAACUUGGUUUGUUAACUGUACUAGGUUAUGUUUUUUAUUGAAAAUGUGGAUCCUUAAAGUAACUGCAGCUAACAAAAUAAUUCCAUACAUCUUACCUGCUUUGCACUCCCAUUGGAUACAUAGGUCUCAAAGUGUGCAGGUUUGAAAGAAACACAUGUAAUAGCAUAUAUUCAUUUUCAUAUGUAGAUCUGUUUGGUUGUUUAUUAAAAAAUAAAUAAAUG